CUUAGAAAUAAAUAAUGGCAUGUGAAAUUGUUCAUACGUUACUAUGCCAUACGCCUCAAAAAUUGAUAGCUUAAUUCGAGAAUGCGUGCACUCUUCUGGGACAACGGAUCGUGCCAUACUUUCAACUUGUAACUGACCAAGAUUGACACCUAACAUGGCAAUUAACCAGCCUCAAGAUCUAAUUCCAGGCUCCGCUGAAUGGACGGCUACAUACUUGAAGGGACGCGGGCUCAGCUGCUUGCAUUUCCCCAAGUAUCGUACCUACAACGCCAAGUUUCUUUGUCCGUACCCAAGCCGCCUCGGAUUUUUCCAUACCCUGGGUCCAGAACCGGGAAUCAGCUUUCUCGACACCGGAAAACUCUGUAACAACUGUCUCGAUCUAGUUGUACCGAACGGCUUCAACUACUGGUCUGUAUGCCCGCGUUCUCGAAGCCCUCCAAAGAUCAAAGAUGGAGACAGCAAAGACACAGAGCAGAGUCAUCUCGAACACUCGGUGGUUUCAUCGCCUACGGCACGAUGGUUAGAUAUCAUACCAUCAGCAGUCAGCUACCCACAGCUGUUCCAAGCAGGGACGGAAGGAUUCUCUGAUGCAACCAUCCGAUUUAGUAACACAGCUAGUCAAGUUACGGCAUUGCCAGUCACUCUUUCUAUUCCGCUUGUUGAUAAGUCCCAAGAAGCAUGGAAAUGGUUGCAAAGCGAGCGCAAGCCAUUUUACAUCGAUCAGCUACACCUCACGAAAGGAUGGACGCCGUUUGCCGAGAAGUCUGCAGAAAUCGACUCCGCCAUAGCUGUUCGGGUGGGGACGGCAUUCUCUCCAGCACUGAGGAAGGCAGAUACCCAUACUUCUAGGUCUAAGAAAGCAGAAUCAUCAGAAAAAAAGCUGGAUGGUACCGAUGAACCUUCCGUUAAUAAAAAAGUACAGGUGAAGCGGAAAGCACUCUCUGCAACGAACAAACAGCCGCCAGAGACAGUCAACAGCACAAAUAACUCUGGCUCUAUGAACCUGCAAUCUUCCCAGAAGAUCUCCCUUCUGAUAACCCCGACGCAACCUGUCGUAGCCACCCCAUCGCCUGGAAGAACAGCAAACCUAUCAGCGGUUACUAAAUCCGCUUCUUUCGAGACGCACCAAGUGUCUAGAUCGAGCCUCCCAGAGAAGUCCACUCAUCAGACUCAUUUGGAGGCUGAGAAAAUUAAACGGCCAGUAGACAAAGCCACUGAGGAAGCAAAAGCACCCAAGUCUGGCAAAGUAUCACGAGCGCCAUCUACCCCUACUUUGAAGAAGCAUAGAGGGACAGGUGACAAGCUUGGCUUAGCAGGAAUUCAAAGAAGUGACCACGUCUCACACCAGGCUCUCUCAGGGGAACCGUCUUUACACAUCCUGAGUGUUAGUGCUGAUAGUGCCAGCUUGAAACCCGAGAUAAAAUCCCGUAGUAUCCCUAAGACGACGCCUUCGGAUGGGAAAGUCAGAUUGAUCUAUUCAAAAAACUGGUCUAGGCAUGAUCCAAUGCCGUUUGAUAGCCCCAUAAAGCCAUGGAAAUUAUCGGACUACGAGCGUCUCGCCGAGGCAACACACGUAACUCAUGACUCGUCAGGAUAUAUGCCGCUGGAAGACAUUAUUGGGAAGGACAAUAUGAUCAAGAGAAAGGCACCCUUGUUAGGUUCGAAUUCGCCAGCAGCACCAUCAAACACGCUAUUGACGAAACUAAGAUCGCCCGGCCAAGCGGACAGGCCAAGGAACAUUGCAUCCUCAGAGCUCAUCGGUUCGAUCUUGAGAAAACAGCCGAUAGUAUCAGCUCCUACCGCCGCAAGGAAGGACGACCCCACUAAGCAUUUGCCUAAAAUUGAGGUUGUAAAAACUCAGCUGCCCAAAAUGGAACUUGUUGACGACAAGCCGCCAAAGACUGAAAAGCCUAGAGGCGAGCUCAUGGAGACUGGGCCUUCCAAACAUGAAGGGCUUCAAAAAAAGCCAAGCAAAAGCAAGCCACUCCAAAAUGGAACCUCCAAAAGCAGAUCCACCGAGAUCAAGUCAUCUACAAGCGAAAUUCCUGGGCGCAAGCCGAACACUCAAGAUAUUGCAUCUGAUAUUCUGGGAGAAAUAAAGUCUGAAAUAUCUAAGAAGAUGGAUCAGAAGACUGACAAGCAUCCCAAGCCCAAGACGUCCCAUAACACCGGCCCAUCUAUCUUGGGAGCACUGAAAUCUGGUAUAGCCCGGAAGAUAGAUGAAAUGACUGAGACAUCCGGUAGCUCACCUCAACCGAAAGGCAAAGCUGGAUCUACGAGAUCUGAGGGGAAACGGUCUGGUAAAAGAGAGCCCAAACGCGACAAUAAGGACGAAAAGCCUAAAAAUAGCAAGCAUGGCGACAAGAAAUCUAACGACAAGAAAUCUGAGGAUAAGCCUGAGGAUAAGCCUAAGGAUGAAAAGCCGACCGAUGAGAAGCUUGUGGACAAGCGCGAGGACGCAAAAAUUCAUGACAAAACAUCUGGCGAUCACAUACCUGAGGACAAGCUUGAUGAUCACAAGCUUGAUGAUAACAAGCUUGACGAUAACAAGCUUGACGAUAACAAGCUUGAUGAUAACAAGCUUGACGAUAACAAGCUUGAUGAUAACAAGCUUGACGAUAACAAGCUUGACGAUAACAAGCUUGACGACAACAAACCUGACGACAACAAACCUGACGACAACAAACCUGACGACAACAAACCUGACGACAACAAACCUGACGACAACAAACCUGACGACAGCAAGUCUGAGAACAGUAGCUCCAAGGAUACAGACUACAAAAAUGCCAGCUUUGAGGAUAGCAAUCUUGAUACUUCCAAGCCCGAGUACAUAGCUAGGUCUGGGACUGUGGAGAACACCAAGCCUCGGAAUAUUCAUCCUGAGAAUAUGGUCCCUGAAAACAUCCUUCGUGAGAGUAUCAAGCCGGAGAACAUAAUACCUGAGAACACAAAACCUGAGAACAGCGGUCGUGAGAAUACUAGCUCGGAUAAUAUCAAGUCACAGAGCAGCCCUCAAGAGAACAUUGACCCCAAGAAUUCCUACACGACGAGCACAAACCCUGGACAUGCAGUAUUGGACACCAAAGUUACCGAACCUCUUCCCAAGGAAGGCUUGCCAAUAGAACCUCCGGAACGCCAAAACCAAAGACCCUUACAAGACUUACCCACUGCUGAACCACCAACAGGCUUUAAUCUUGUAGAUGAUGUCAAGCCGGGCAAUCGAGCUAACGAGCCAGAGCCAGAGCAACCGGCAGAUUUGCUUCCUGGACAGUCUCAGCCUGACAGCAAUGGCGCCAUGGCCGAUAGUACAAGGUCAACCCCGGAUCAAAAAAAUGUUGUCAAAAGUCCGGCGGCUAACUCAGACACUGGAAAACCUGCUUUCCCGCUCAACAACAGCUCAUCUGUUAAGAGCCCGCUACCUCAGAAGCCGGUCACUAGUAUGAAUACGGAUACUAGCAUGGGGGCUGAUACACAAAAAAGCUCUUCGGCGAGCCUCGCAGCCGGUUUAACGACCGGAAUUGCUGUUGGAGGCGUGGUCGGAGGGUUAGCUGUUGGUCUGAACAAAGACUUUCAACGACCCGGUCUUCAUAUUGAUAUCAGCAAGGAAAAUAUUGAAGACGUUGGCGCUUCUUACAAAGGUGCCACUAGCUCUGGCGGUAUAACUCCGGCUGGUUCACAAGGCAGUCAAUCAUUUAAUUCAAGGUCACCUUCACCAGCACGGUCUCUUUCAUCACCAAGCUCAGAUGCGGGACAGCCAGGCGAACUCCAGGAUUCUAGCGACAGAGAGCAUGCGUAUUCUGAACGUAGCUACUCUGGAAACGACGAUGAGAAUCCCUCUGAGCAUGGGCAUGAAGUUCAGGAGGACUCUAACGACGAAGCUGAAGGUAGUAUUGAUGGCUCAUAUGACGGGUAUGAUGGUGAAGGAAGUGACAAUGAGCAUCAAUUCAGUUCGGAAGAUGGAGAAGCGGAGGGGGAGUACAAUGAAGAAGAAGAGGAGAUACUAGAGGAGGAGGAGGAAGAGGCAUCGGAUCAGGAGGUCGAGGAGACUGAGGAAGAGGUAUCGGAUCAGGAGGUCGAGGAGACUGAGGAAGAGGUAUCGGAUCCGGAGGUCGAGGAGACUGAGGAAGAGGUAUCGGAUCAGGAGGUCGAGGAGGAGGAGGAAGAGGCAUCGGAUCAGGAGGUCGAGGAGACUGAGGAAGAGGUAUCGGAUCAGGAGGUCGAGGAGGAGGAGGAAGAGGCAUCGGAUCAGGAGGUCGAGGAGACUGAGGAAGAGGUAUCGGAUCAGGAGGUCGAGGAGGAGGAGGAAGAGGCAUCGGAUCAGGAGGUCGAGGAGGAGGAGGAAGAGGCAUCGGAUCAGGAGGUAUCGGAGGAGGAGGAGGAGGAAGAGGCAUCGGAUCAGGAGGUAUCGGAGGAGGAGGAGGAGGAAGAGGCAUCGGAUCAGGAGGUAUCGGAAGAGGAGGAGGAGGAAGAGGAGGAGGAUCAAGAGGUAUCAGAGGAGGAGGAGGAACAGUAUGAGGAUGAAGAAGAGGAGGAGGAUAAUCAGGAAGAUUAG